AUGGUUAGAGGUCCUAAAAAACAUUUAAAAAGAAUCUGUGCUCCUAAAUCAUGGAUGGUUAGCAAAUUAGGAGGAAUUUGGGUAACUAGACCUUCUUAAGGUCCACACAAACUUAGAGAAUCAUUACCUCUAUUUGUAUUAUUAAAAAACAGAUUAAAUUAUGCCUUGAACGGAAGAGAUGUUACUUUAAUUUUAAAUGAUAAAGAAUAAAACGUGUUUGUUGAUGGCAAAUGCAGAAGAGAUAGAGGAUUCCCAACUGGUCUUAUGGAUGUAGUAAAUAUUCCUAAAACAGAUGAAAAUUUCAGAGUUUUAUAUGACACUAAAGGUAGAUUUGUAUUAAAAACAUUAAACAAAUAAGAAGCUUAAUUCAAAUUACUUAAAGUGAAAGGAAAAGCAAUUGGACCAAAUUAAGUUCCCUAUAUUGUUACUCAUGAUUCAAGAACCAUUAGAUUCCCUAAUCCAAAUAUUAAAAUUGGUGACACAAUUAAAUAUGAUUUAGUAAAAAAUAAAAUUCUUGAACAUACUCACUUAGAAUCUGGUAAUAUCUGCUUUGUUUAAAAUGGUAACAAUAUUGGCAGAGUUGGUCUUAUCACUCACAUUGAAAAACAUCCUGGUUCUUUUGAUAUCGUUCAUGUCAAAGAUAGUAAAGGAAACUCUUUUGCUACAAGAAUCGGUAAUAUCUUCGUUAUUGGAUAAGGAAAAAAACCUUGGAUUAGUUUACCUGAAGGUGAAGGAAUUUAUGAAACUGUUAUGGAAUAAAGAUAAAGAAAAUUCUCUCAUUGAUUUACUUUUUGAGAGUUUAAUAUUAAAAAUAACAUUUUUUUGUUUUUUUAUAAAUUGUAUUUUCCGAUUAUAAAAUAAUAGUAGCAAUAUAAUAUGUAUUAUUUAAACUAUUUUUUCUA